AUGGUGUUGAACCUUCUUGAUGGGUUGACUCAGGCAGGUGUUCUACCAGCUACACUUGAUGGCCAAAGAGUUAGAUUGGAUGAUCAGAUCCUAGAGAGGUUCCGUGCUUCGAGGGCACAGCCAGUUGUGACUGUGUAUCCUCUUAUAGAUAAGGAGGACACCUAUGAGUUUAUUAUUGAUUGUCAUGAGAGACUCCACAAGCUGGGGGUAUUGGAGAUGCACGGGGUUGAUUAUGUGUCCUUCCAGUUGAUGGAUGAUGCCACGUUUUGGUGGAGGUCGUAUGUCGAGUGCGGAGCCGGUUGGGUUGCCUCCAUUGUCAUGGACCAGAUAUGCGCUUCAAUUGCUUCCCACAGAGACGGAGAGAGUAAGGAGAUAUGUGAAAGGGUUGAAUACUCCGUUAAAGUGAAUGAGAAAAGCCAGAAUCCAUCAUGGAAAGCACUUGGCUACUCUGGACCUGAUCCAGAUUUUAAGAAGCAAAAACAAGAAAACAUGGACUGUAAGAAAAGGGAUCAUCAACCAUUUGGACCACUUUAUGAAGGAAUCAUCAGUCUAAAAGAAUCACACAAAAUAACAUUUGAGAGGCUGCAAAAACUAGGAUUUUCUGUGUCAAAACCCCAUAAUUUGAAGAACAUAAAGAGAAGUACAGAGUCCCCUGAUUCCAUAAUUGAAUGUGAUGCUGUAGUAGUUGGUUCAGGUUCUGGUGGGGGAGUUAUAGCUGGUAUUCUUGCAAAUGCUGGACACAAAGUGCUUGUCCUAGAAAAAGGAAGUUAUCUUGCAAAAACAAACCUUUCACUUCUUGAAGGUCCUUCAAUGGAUCAAAUGUACCUUGGAAAUGGACUACUAGCAACCAAGGACAUGGAUAUUAUGCUACUUGCUGGAUCCACUGUUGGUGGUGGCUCAACGAUAAACUGGUCAGCUUCGAUUCAAACUCCACAACAUGUUCUAAAAGAAUGGUCCGAAAGCUACAAUCUUGAACUGUUUGAAAGUGAACUCUACAAGGGGGCUAUGAAGAUUGUGUGUGAAAAAAUGGGAGUUCAGUCUGAAAUUCAGGAUGAAGGGUUCCAAAACAUGAUAUUGCGAAAAGGGUGUCAAGAAUUGGGGUAUCCAGUGGAAACUGUUCCUACGAACGCACCCUCGGAUCAUUAUUGUGGAUGGUGCAGCAUGGGUUGCAAAGACGGGAGAAAAAAAGGCGCAGCUGAGACAUGGCUAGUUGAUUUGGUGAAAUCAGGUAAUGGUGCAAUACUUCCUGAAUGUGAAGCCUUGGAAGUGAUCCAUGAAAAGAAGAAUGACAACUCAGGAAAAAGUAAAGCUAUUGGAGUUGCUUUUGCAUUUCAAAAUUAUGAAGGGGCGAGAAAAAUUUGCAUGGUGAAAUCAAAAGUCACAAUAGUAGCUUGUGGUGCUCUUAGCACUCCUUCAUUGCUCAAGAGAAGUGGCUUGAAGAAUCCAAAUAUUGGCAGAAACUUACACCUCCAUCCAGUCGUUAUCGCCUGGGGAUACUUUCCAGAUUCACAACCAAUAUCUAAUGAAAUAUGGCCAAAACCAGAGAAGAAGAGUUAUGAAGGAGGAAUAAUAACAGCAAUGUCUAAAGUCAUGGCGAAUACCGAAGGAUCGGAAUAUGCUGCAAUCUUACAAACACCAGGAUUGCACCCUGGCAUGUUUUCAGCACUAAUGCCAUGGGUUUCAGGCCUAGAUAUCAAGAUGAGGAUGACCAAAUACUCAAGAACCGCGUAUAUUUUCGCGUUAGCAAGGGACAAGGGAUCAGGGGAAGCAUUUUCACCAUAUUCAGUAAGUUACAAGUUGGAUCAAAUUGAUGAAGAAAGUCUAAAACUAGGCUUAGAGAAGACAUUAAGAAUCUUGGCAGCUGCCGGUGCAGAAGAGAUCGGAACUCAACAUCGAAAAGGAAGGAGUUUGAAGGUGAAAGAAGCGAGUUUGAAGAAUUUUGAGAGGUUUGUGAAAGAAGAAAGUUCAAUAAGAAUUGGAAAACAUUCAGUUCCUAUAUGUUCAGCACAUCAAAUGGGAAGUUGUAGAAUGGGAAUUGAUCCAAGAACUUCAGUGGUUAAUUCUAAAGGGGAGACAUGGGAAGCAGAAGGUUUGUUUCUUGGUGAUUCAAGUGUGUUUCCAACUGCUCUUGGAGUGAAUCCAAUGGUCACAAUUCAGGCCAUUUCUUACUGCACUGCACAAUCUGUGCUUCAAGUUCUUAAGAAUCAAAAGCUUGGGUAAAAAGGGAAGCAUGAAGAAUUAUUUUUGGAAAAUCUUGAAAAAGUUGUUUUUGUUUAUUUAUUUAUUUAUUAUGUGAUGUCUCUACCUUCCAGGCCUCAACUAAUGAGUUGAAGGCUAUAGUAAGCAUAUGGCAUAAGAUUCUUGGAGGAAUACAUAUAUCUUACCAAGUGUAAAUGUCAAAAUUAUAUUCUAGUAAAUCUGUUAGUAAAUUGUGUUAUU